AUGGAGGCGGCGCCAGCGCCGCUCUUCGCUUUCGGUGUCAUCGCGGACAUCCAGUACGCGGACGCGGAGGACGGAUACGACUUCAGCGGGUACCGGCGGCGGUACUACCGGCAGAGCCUGCAGCUGCUGCGGGACGCUGUGGAGGCGUGGGCAGCGGAGAGGCCGCCGCUCGCCUUCGUGCUGCAGCUGGGUGACAGCAUCGACGGGCUCAACGCCCGCGGCGGCCGCGCCGGGGCUGCCCUGGAGCAGGUGCUGGCGGCGCUGGGGCGGCUGCCGGUGCCGGUGCAUCACACAUGGGGCAACCACGAGUUAUAUAACUUCAGCCGGGCCCGCCUGGCGCACACCGGCCUCAACAGCCGUCCCGCCGGGGCUGCCGCGCCAGCCGAUGACUGCCAGGCCUACCACUUCAGCCCGGCCGCGCGGUUCCGCGUGGUCGUGCUCGACGCCUAUGACGUGAGCGUCCUGGGCAGGGAGCCCCACAGCCCCCGCUACCAGGAGGCCCUGCAGCUGCUGCGGGAAAAGAACCCCAACGAGAGCCUCAACAGCCCUGCAGGACUCAAAGAACCUCAGUUUGUGGAGUUUAACGGAGGAUUUAGCCAAGCCCAGCUGGACUGGUUCAAUGAAGUUCUCAAGUUCUCUGAUGAAAACCAAGAAAAAGUUGUAGUUAUGGGUCAUCUGCCCAUUCACCCAGGUGCUUCAGACAGCAUUUGCCUAGCCUGGAAUUACGAAGAUGCCCUUUCGGUCAUACACUCCCAUCGGUGUGUGGUUUGCUUUCUCGCAGGGCACCUGCAUGACGGUGGCUAUUGCCUGGACUCUCAUGGAGUUCAUCAUCUGACUUUGGAAGGGGUUAUUGAAACUCCACCGGAAAGCAAUGCCUUUGGGACUGUUUAUGUCUAUGAAGAUAAAAUGAUACUGAAGGGAAGGGGCAGAGUUUCAGACAGAGUUAUGCAUUUCUGCAAAUGGUAAGCAAAUAGAAGUUGCUCUUCUUCAGGAAGAGUACUCCGACAAAAAAGCAGGGGAUUCAGCUUAUUAUUUGCUUGUAGGAAGAUGUGCGCGGCUGAUCCUUAUAGCUUUAACUCAAACAUUUUUCUCUUGGAUCCAAAUUUCAGAAAUAACAUGUCUGAAAGAAAGCAGACCUAGUUUCCUUUUGGAGCAUAGAGAAGGCCAGUAAUGAUGUUUGAAACAAAUAUACUUGAAUGCAGAAUGUUGACUUGAAACACCCAAUUCUGACUGGAUUGUUACUAUGAAAAAAAAUGCAACCAUAAUAUGAAUAUUGAAAAAAACAAGCAAACUUUUUAAGAUCAGUCAGAACUAAUGUGGCCUGCCCAGCCACAUUUAUUUUUCUUUGAACAUCAUCAUAAUGGCUCCUCUCUGGGAGAAUUAGCCCACCCCGUAGCCUAAUGCUGUCUUUCUAAUAUUGUUUUAAAAGAAUAAAGUAACCUCCAGAUACACUGAGCCCAAGGAAAAUUGCGACUAUCAGUGCUGCAUGGUGUAAUGCUGCAGAUACACCCUCGGUCUAUGUGUGUGCAGCUGUAUCAGCCUGCAGCAGCGCUGAGUAGCAAAGCCCUGACAUGGAAGGAUCUAACACAUGUUGCUGUGCUGCCCAUGGGCCUGUUCUGGCUGUCCCCGCCAGCUUGUGUGCCCAGCGACUCGCCAGCGCUUCCCUCUCCAGGACUAGUGGCGCUGGAACACGCUCACUCUCCAUGGGGCUGCUCUGCAGAUUCUGCUUUCGGGAACAGAAAUUCCGAGACAAGCAGAGUUGUGACAGUGACCACAUCUGCUGGUGGCAGUCUUGAGCACGCAUCUCGCAGAAAGUAAAUAUAGGGAAGCUUUCAUUGAAUUUUCAUUAGAAAAACAGUAUUUAUUACUCUGUAAAAGCAGUAACUUUCAAUUAAAGAUAAUAGCAAAAAUA